AUGUGGCUGGCCAUGAAAUUUGGUCCUUAUCAGCCGGCGCCUAAUUUGUGGCACUCAGCCAAGCCACCUGCUCUCAUCCAGACCAUCAAUCUUUUCCUCGAAGACCACAAGCAUCAACGCGCAGAACGUCGCCGACGCCGCAAAGAACGACGCCAAGCACGUCUCCAAGAACCCUCGCCUACUAUGGAUCCCGCCUCCCCCCACAUUGGGACAGAAUCGCCACCGCUGCGAACAACCAUCUUGGGCUCCUUCCUCAGAGGCCGACCGCGAAACUCUUCUCAAUCACACAUCAAUACUGAUUUGGCUCGAGAACUAUCGCCUUCACCGCCGGCGCAGCCGCCGUCCCCGGGGGGUACAGGUCAUAGGCGGCGUCCCGCAGCAGGUGGUGUGCAGGCCUCUGCGUCUCAUAAUAGCGCCUCUUCAUCUGCGGGCAUAGGUACGGGAUUAUCUCAUAUGCUCAGGCGAAGACGAUCUGCAGGAAACAUCGCGACGCCGACGACCCCAAACUCGACGGCCUUGCCACCAGCUGUGGCACAUCUCUUAGGGCAGCCAGGCAUCAGUAAUGCCACCCCGGCCGCGGCACCCUCAGCCAGUAAUUCAAACGCACCAGCCCAUCGCAUCCGUUUAGUUCCCCAUCUCGAUUCUCGACGCUCACUCAAAUUUGAAGCCAUCGGUAGAGAUAUUAGAGAAGGCGAUCCGCCACUUCGCAUUGGUCGUUUCACGGACCGCACAGGAUUAGGGCUUGCUGCAGUAAAUGCCUUGGGUUCCAACAAACUAGCAUUCAAAUCGAAGGUAGUCUCACGAGCACAUGCGGAGAUUUGGGCAGAGCAAGGGGGUGUUUUCUUCAUCAGGGACACCAAAUCAUCGUCGGGGACGUUUUUGAAUCACAUCAGGCUGUCGCCUGCCAACUCCGAGUCGCGCCCAUUUCAAAUCAAGGAUGGUGAUAUUUUACAGCUUGGUGUUGAUUAUCAAGGCGGGACCGAGGAUAUAUAUAAAUCGGUCAAGAUUCGGAUAGAACUGGGGCGAGAGUGGCAGUCUGCCGCGAACGCAUUCAAUACCAACGCGCUCAAGAAUCUCAAGUCCCUCGCAUCGGCCGUUGCUGGGCCUAAACCCGGAGCCAAAGCUGUGCCCAAGUCAAGCAUCCCCGAUUGCUGCAUUUGCCUCUUCGGCGUCACCAUCAGACAAGCACUCUUCAUCGCACCUUGCUCGCACACUUUCCACUACAAAUGCAUUCGCCCACUUCUUGAGACGCACCAUCCUGCGUUCUCCUGCCCUCUUUGCAGGACAUUCGCUGAUCUCGAUGACGAUGUUGAGGUAGAGAUGGAUCCUGCCUUCGAAGAUGAUGACUCUGCCGUGGAGGAUGGUCCUGGGCCUAGUACCGUCAAUUCGCCAGCAGUGGGCCCGGCAGAAACGAAUGGGAGCAGACCGGGAACGGCGGAGUUAGUGGAGGACAGGGAUGUUGUAGCCGUGGAGACUGAUUUAGAUGAUGGACGGGUGGGAAUAACGAGAAACAACCGGGUUCGCAACAGCAUGGGUCGCCUCAGCGAUCUACACGAGUCCUCUGGUGGCGAAGAAGACGUAGAGAUGGUUAACGAUGCGAACCCACACGCCACAGCGCCUGGUCAAAUUGAAGUGGAUGACGUCCUCUUAGUCGACGCAGGAGUGAGCGACCUGGCUGCUACCAGGAUGAACGGUGGUCUGGAGACGGUGGUGCGAUCUGAUGGAGAGAGUGAUGGCCGAAUGAGCCCUGCCGUUGGUGAUGAUGCGGGGUUGAUGAUGCAGGACGAUGGCGAAGGCUCUUCGGACAGUAACAUUGGAAGCAAGCGUAAGCGAUGA